AUGGAAGAGAACCUGGACAUGGACUUUCUUAGUCCGGGCCAUCCAGAACAAGUCGAAGUCCUUCCCAAGUUAUUCAACCCAACACAUAUAUCGGAAAAUGAGAAUUUCAUUGAUCUUACGGGGGAUACACCAUGUACACCCAACUAUCCCGACUUGGACGAACUGGCCUCAACCCUCAAACGCGCCGCGGAGGAAACAUAUACUCCCAGUCCUGUGAAACGAACCCUCAAACGCGCCGCGGAGGAAACAUAUACUCCCAGUCCUGUGAAACGGGCAAAACGAGUCGCCGAUCUGGAGGAGCUCGUGUAUAACAACGAGUACGGAGGUGACAGCGAGCGGCUAAGCGACAUUGAGAUUAUCAAGAUGCAGAUGACAGCAAUUGCUGCUCUUGAAAGAGAGAAUAGGAAACUGCUGAAUCUCUUUCGUAGCCAAGCACGGAGAAGAAUGAGGUUCUUGAGUGAGGUGGUAAAGGCUAAAGGGCUCCAAAUGCAGACACAGGGAGAAUUUCUGAAGAAUAUGGCCCAGGCUGAGCUUGAUCAAGAGUAA